ACACCAAAGGUAAAUUGAGCACGUUGUCAGAAACCACGAGACGCAAAGUCUCGUCAGCACCAACCCCCCCUCGUCCCAUAUGUCUGAUGUCUGGUGCCCCUCUCAUUGCUUCUUUAUAUAUACUUUGCCUUCCUUCUUCUUCUUCUGUCCACAGCUUCCGCUUGAUCCCGUGGAACGUUAAGGUUUCCGUAAUCGCGCGUAUCACGGUUAAAUCGCAAGGACAAAAAAAUAACGAAGUAAAGACCGAUCCCGGUUACCCGGCCCUGGGGACCCUUAACCAUAUCCCUCCCUCUCUCUCUCCUUCCCUCCCCACUCCUCUUGGAGGGAGCUCGCAAUGCUCUCGCUCCGUCGUGCUUCGGGGAUCAAGCCCUUAUGGCGUUUACCCCGCUUAUACAGAGGCUUCGUCAUACACUGUGCGGGAACAUUCGUCUUUGCCAUGGUCUCCAGCAGAGCUCGUUAGAGCAUCCUGGGGAGAGACGACUCAUGAUACAAAGUCUAUAGUGGUUUCUUGGAAUCAUGCUCUCUUCUCAUAAUCAAUGCUCCGCUCUUGCCAAUGCUAUUCUUGUGAUGCAACAUCUUUGCCGCUCAGUCCGUCUUGUGUGU